AUGCCUCACAAAACUGACGAAAUCAAGGACCUUCUGCUCAAAGCCAGAAGAAGCGAUGCCAACACUAUCAAGGUCAAGAAAAAUAAGGAUAAUGUGAAGUCUAAAGUUCGAUGCAGCAGAUACUUUGAUAUCUUGGUCAUCACAGCCAAAGAAAGGGCAGUGAAACUGAAGCAGCCUCUGCCCCCCAGGUUGGCAAUAAAGGAGCUAAAAUGA